ACGCUGAUUGGCGGGCGUACUCGGGGCGGGGCGAGACGCGGCGGGCGGAAGAUGGCGGCGCUGGCGCCGGAGCUGCUGGUGCUGAGCGACGCGGGGCGGUUCCGGGCCGACAACCUGCUGGGGGCCGAGGACUGGGAUGCCGCUCUCUACGGUUGCCUUGACGACAGGCUGGAACCCGCCCACCUCUUCCCCUCCCUGGACCCCGACCCCAUGUUCGACUGUGCCUUCGAGGGGGGCGAUGCCGCCAGCCCCCCCGAUCCCCCGUGGGACCAGGAGCCCCCCAGCCUCUUCCCCGAUCUGCAGGUGAAGUCGGAGCCGGGUUCCCCCACCUCAUCCCACUGCUCCGACUCCUCCAGCUUCUCCUCCGCCUCUGAGCCCCCGGCCUGGGCCCCCAGCCCCCCCGAGCCGGGGGUGAAGACGGAACCGAUCCCCCCGCUGCCCUGCGCCCCCCCGGACACCGCAGGAAAGGCGCCGAGGGCUGUGAAGGCAGAGGGGCCCCCCCCCAACCGCCGGACCCCCCCCAUCCAGCCCAAGCCCCCCGGGGGGGCCACUGGGCCUGGGCAGGCUGCCCCAAGCCCCCCCCAAACCAUCCUGCUGCAGCCGCUGCCUGGAGCUGCCUCCCCCCUGCCCGCAGCCAUCACCGUGCCGGCCCCCGCGGUGCUGCUGUCACCGGCCGAGCUGCUGCUGCCGCGACUCCUGUGCCUGCCCCCCCCCGGCCAGGGGCCCCCCCGCACCUCUCCCGGCCCCCCCAAACCCGAAGCCAAGACCAUCGUCCCGGCCCCCGCUCCUGCCCCUCCCGGCCCCCAGGAGGUCGAUGCGAAGGUGCUGAAGCGGCAGCAGCGGAUGAUCAAGAACCGGGAGUCGGCGUGCCAGUCGCGGCGCCGGCGCAAGGAAUACGUGCAGGGGCUGGAGGAGCGGCUGCGCCAGGCCCUGGCCGACAACGACCGCCUGCGCCGCGAGAACGGGCUCCUGCGCCGCCGCCUCGACGCUCUCCUGGGCCAGAGCUCGGAGCUGCGCCCCGCCCCGGGCCCCCGCAAGCUGGCCUGCCUCGCCGCCCUCCUCCUCUUCCUCGCCUUCAACCUCGGCCCCCUCAGCCUCUCGCAGCAGCCCCCCCCCGCCGAACCCCCGCGCCAGCCCCCCCCGCGCGGCCGCCGUCACCUCCUGGGGGUGACCGAGGGGGGGCCCCCCGUUACCGACCCCCCCCGGACGUGGGGACCCUCCCCGGGGCCGCGCCGGGAAACCCCCGCUCCCCCCGGCAGGACCCCCUUCAGGAACUCCUCGCUGGGCGCGGUGACGCUGCGGGAGCUGGACGGGCUGUUCCGGGCGUCCGACUGUCGGCGCUUCAACCGCACCGAGUCCCUGCGGCUGGCGGAUGAGCUCAGCGGGUGGGUCCGGCGCCACCAGAUCGACAGACGGAAACCGGGGUCCCCCCCCCGGCCCGCCCGCAGCCAGUUUCAGGCUUCGCCCCCCUGGAAGGCGCCGACCUCCUCCCGCCUCGUCCCGGUUCCCCCCCCACACCCCGAGAGGGCCCCCCCGGGGCAGCUCCAGCUCUACCGCCCCGACCGCGCUGAACCCCAUUUCCUCGCCGCCAUCGACCGUCGCGACGACACCUUCUACGUCGUCUCCUUCCGCCGGGAUCACCUCCUGCUCCCGGCCAUCAGCCACAACAAGACCUCACGGCCGAAGAUGUCCCUGGUGAUGCCGGCGGCCGCCCUCAACGAGAGCCUGUCGGGGCGCGGGGGGGGCCUGGAGGCCAUGAUGCAGGUGGACUGCGAGGUGAUGGACACGCGCGUCAUCCACGUCCGCCGCCGCCCCCCUCCCCACCCCCCCGCAAACCGCAGCCGGGCCCCCACCCCCCCCCGCCCCCCCCCGCCGCCCCCGGGCCCUUUACCUGGGGGGGGGUGGUUAGCCCCGCCCCUCGGCGUCAGGCCACGCCCCCUUCGAGGCAAAGCUCCGCCCCCCCAGCGCUUGGGAACUGGCCCGCAAGGGGAGCAAGCCACGCCCACUAGGGGCAAGCCACGCCCACUAGGGGAACAAGCCACGCCCCCUGGGUCAGUUCGCAGGGGGCGGAGCUUCCCACUUGGGUGGCGAGGCCACGCCCCCCCGGCGGCGAGGCCACGCCCCAUUCAGGCCACGCCCCCCGGCGGCGAGGCCACGCCCCCUGUGAGCACUUGCCCCGCCCCCUAUUCUGCCUUAAAGGGGCAGAGCCCUCGCUCCGGCCACACCCCCCCCCCCGGGGCCAUUUUCUACCCGAAUUAAUUGAAAAAUGGGAAAA